AAUUAAUAAAAAUAAAAAAGAAUAAGUAAAAUAAAAUUAAUAGUAAUUAAAUAUUAACAGUAAUAACAAUAAUAAACUGUACAUGCAUAAGGCAAUUUUAGAAACAUAAAUAAAGAAGAAUAUUAUGAAAAAAAAAUAGGAUGAGCAAGAAUGUUAUAAAAUGUAGCAAAACAAAUAUCCCUAACGUAUCUUAUCAUAUAAAUAAUUAUUCAAAUUCAUAUUUUUGCAAAAUAUUAUUAAAUAAAACUAAUAUUAUAUAAAAUAUAACAGAAGUCGAUGGAAUUGUACUGCGUGUCUUGAAUGCCAGAAGGGAAGGGGGUCAAUCAGUUCACUUCUUAUAUGCAGUAUUUGGCCCAGUAGAUAUAAUACAUAUCAUUAUAAUGUCUCUUAUUCAGUAAACAACAACAAAAAAAGACCCAGUCUAACUAUUUUCUGGAAUUUUAUUGUAUUCGACUUUUUUUAGCCUGUGUUUUAUUUUGAAGGAGGCGCCGGAAGCAACUUCUUCCACAUCCGGUUUGUUUCGGGCGGCUGUCAAUACAGAAGCAUCCGACAGAAUGUCAAGAAAACUACAGAGGUAGGCGGUGGGGUCUCGUUUUCAGCUCGGCCCGCAGCUGUGGGUUUAAACGGCUCCAGGAAUGGACGAGUGUCGUUUUCAGGAGCCGCUGUUCACGUUUGGGGUCAUCGCUGACGUCCAGUACGCGGACAUCGAUGACGGCUACAAUUAUACCCGCACCCGGAAGCGCUACUACCGGAGCAGUUUACAGCUGCUGAAAAACGCCCUGGACGCCUGGAGAGGGGCGCGCGUGCCGCCGCUCUUCGUCCUCCAGCUGGGAGACCUCAUCGACGGCUUCAACAAGGCCCACGGCGCUUCGGAGCGGGCUCUGGACGCGGCGCUCCGCGGGUUCGACUCCUUCCCCGCGCCGGUGCAUCACGUGUGGGGGAACCACGAGUUCUACAACUUCAGCAGGAGCGCGCUGCUGCGCUCGCGGCUGAACAGCAGGCAGCACGCGGACAGCAGCCCGGGCUCGGCCCCGGCCCGGCCUGACAUCUACGCGUACCGGUUCACUCCGGUUCCGGGGUUCACGUUCGUGGUGCUGGACGCCUAUGACGUCAGCUUGCUGGGCAGGGAGGAGUCCAGCGAGGAGUACCGAGGGGCCAUGGAGCUGAUCCGGAGGUACAACCAGAACCAGGACCUCAACUGUCCGCCAGACGUCAAGCAGAGGUUCACCAUGUUCAACGGAGGCUUCAGUCAGGAGCAGCUGGACUGGCUGGACGCCGUGCUGACCUCUGCAGAUGAGAAGCAGGAGCGAGUCACCAUCGUCAGUCACCUCCCCGCCCACCCGGACUCCACGGACGCCGUCUGCCUCGCCUGGAACUGCGAAGAGCUCCUCGCCGUCAUCGGCUCGCACAAAAGCGUGGUGUGUUACAUGGCAGGACACGCCCACGACGGAGGAUACCACCGUGAUGAGGACACGGGGGUGCACCACCUGACUCUGGACGGGGUGAUUGAGACUUCGCCCUACAGCGACGCGUUCGGGAUCGUGUCCGUGUACGCGGACAGGAUGGAGCUGAAAGGAAGCGGGAGGGUGAUGGAUCAGCUCUUCCUGUUCUCAUGACGCCGUAGAGGCGGAGCCAUUACAGAACGGCUCCUCUGGGUUUUAAUCCGUCAGCUCUUCCACAGAUUGAUAUUUUUCUUUAAGUUAUGGGUCGGAACCGACCCGGAUUUGCCGAUAUCUGCAGCCUUACUGUGAGUUUUGUUCUAACGGCGAGAAUCCUGCUGAGUCAGGAACUCCUGAGUCACUUUAGAGGAAGAAAAUGUUCCUCAUUAAGCCCUUUUAACCUUGAAAUAUUCAUUUAAAACCAAAGUAUCUAAUUUUUAAAUGAAGUCACUUUCAGUAAAAUUGCUGCUUUUGCUUCUGAAACUGCACUCAUGAACUAUAUUCAUAUUUAAUAAGGGAAUUGUGUGAAGUGUUGCUUUCUGCAGGGAUGUUGCACUUUUUAAAAAAAAAGAUUAGUUUUAUUCAAAUGUUAAAGGAUUUGAGUUCAUAUGUUGGUGAUUAUUUGAUCUGCAACAAUAAAACUCUUUUUCUGACAAAUAUU